AUGAGAACCAGCAGCGUUCUUGGUGUUGUGUUAUUGAUUUCUGCAAUAGACACGGGGAUAUCGCAGAGCUACGUUUACACGUGUGACAAUCCAUCAUAUUCUGGAUAUUACGGAGAAAACGCAACUUUUUCAAAUGUGUACAUCAACGCUUCACUGAGCUACAGGUUCAGUUGUGAAUAUGGGCAAUACAAGAAAUUAGCAAAGUUUCUGAAUUCUACAUUCGAUGAAGUGCCAAAAAAGUUGUUUGAUACAUUCCAAGGCUUGACCAAUGCAAUCCUAUCCAAUUGCAACAUCCAGCAGAUCAAUCGAUACAGUAUGGAGCACGCCGCUUUCUUGCAAUUGCUCGACCUAUCCCUAAAUGCGCUGGAAGAAGUGAAAAGCUACGCGUUCUCAGGAGCCUCUGCACUAGUGACGCUCAAUCUAUCGAACAACCGUAUCACCACCAUUGAACCCACGGCAUUCUACACGAUGCCUGCGUUGCAAAUCCUUUAUUUGCAGGGCAACAAGUUGCGGCUGUUGGAUGGUGCGUUGUUCUCGAAUUUGGUUGCCCUGCGCUAUCUUUUCCUCAACAAAAACGAGCUAGAGGUGAUCGACGGGAAACCUUUCGAGGCGAACACCAAGUUACAGUACUUACGACUGCACGAUAACCGGAUCAGUGUUGUAGGCGACGACGUGUUCAACACCGGUAGCUUGCUGCUCGUGUCACUGAGUAACAACAAACUUAAAAAGCUGAAUUUACAAAAUGCGCGAGUGACAACGGUGCUGGUAAGUAACAAUUCACUAGAGGAGUUGUACCUUUCUCCAUGGAUCGAGACGCUGAUGGCGGACAAUAAUCAAAUCACGCAAAUUUUGGGCGAUCGCUCUGCGAACAUGUCGAUAGAGACGCUCAAACUGGAGAACAACUCACUGUCAUCGAUUGAAAUGAUCAACUGGAUGCGCUCGCUGAAGAUAUUGGAUCUAACGAACAACAAGCUUGGCUCACUGGCGAUCGAUAGCUUUGCCAAGCUCACCAAACUGGAGCAGCUCCGUUUGGAGCGAACGGAUGUGACCGGGUUGCAGCAUGGUACAUUCGCUCAACAGGAGUUACUGCAAUGGCUGGACUUAUCCAACAACAACCUAGACCAGUUUGAUCUAGAUAUUCUAACCUCAUCUACCCACCUGAAGACGCUCUUUCUGGACGGUAACCGGUUGAAGUCGAUCGAGUAUAAAAGUUUGAAGACGAUGUUCCCGGAGUUGGUUGAGCUCGGUCUAGUGGACAAUCUCUGGAACUGCACGUUUUUGACGAACAUCGUGCGGUAUUGUAACGAGCACGGGAUCAAGCUUAUCAAGGGUGAUACCACCGAAGAGGUGCAGAAGCAGACCAACGUUAAAGGCAUCUACUGCUACGACGAGAAAAACCCGAUCCGCAACUGGAACACAACCGUGCAGCAUCUACUCGGCGCGAACGCCUCCGAAUCUGACGUCCUACAGACCAUGCUCCAGAGCGUGCUGGACGACGUACAGCGAUUCAGCAAGGAUCACACUGCGGCAGUCAACAAGAUGGAUAAGCUCGAGGGAACGAUUCUUGACCUAACGCGGCGUCAAAUUUCGCUCGACAGCUCGCUGGUCGAACUCCGCAAGUCCCUUCUCGACAUGCGCCUCUCGCUGCUCUCAAAUCGCACCAACAUGUCCGCCGUAGGAGCUGAAGAGCUGCAGCGGAUGAUAAACAGUGUGAACAAUCUCACGCUCGAGAAGCAGCGCCUGUCCGAGGAGCGUCUUGAGCUGAAGAUCAACACCCAGUCGUUCCGGGUUGACCAAGCGCUCGAGGUGGCCAAGGAGAGCCGCGACAAGGUGACAAAUCUUGCCAAGCGAUUAGAGGAGUGGUUCGGUAGCAUGUCAUUGCCGCUUGGUCGUGGGGGGCUGGUUGGGGCUGAUAAGCAGCAACAGAUGCAGUAUGUGGAGUCCGCCAGCAGUGCUGGAGAUGCGUCAACAGGCCUGCUCGUUGCGGUGUUGGUGUUGGUGUGUAUCAUGACGGGGGUGUCCGUUUUUUCUCUUCUUCGUAGUAAGAUCCGACGAUUGCACAGCGUCGAACGCCGACGGUAUGUCAACAGGGACAGCAGCCUGUCGACGAUAGUGGAUAACGACAUCUGAGCGAAAACUUGCAUAAUGUUUUGUACGGCUGAUAAAAUGAUAUCCUGUUGCGCUCAGUACUAGAUGAUCCCAUAUUGUAC